AAGCUACCGUACAAAACUUAUAAGGGAUUAUUAGUGCAAGUAGAUAUCUGUCUAUCUAUCUAUUUUGUCAAUGCUGUGUUUUUUAGUGCAUGCUCUAGAUCUACUAGAGUUUGGAAUUUAUGGGAAUAAUGGCCAAUGGCCAGCUGUCUGGAAUGGAAACAUAGUGUACUCCUCCCUGGCCCUAGGCCUGACUGAACACGAUGGAGCUUUCUCUGUAAACUGGCCAAUGAUUUGCCUACCAUAGAAUGAAGAAAUCAGUUCCCGUACCGUUAACCGUUAGGCUCAGUCUUUCUGUUAACCUGUAUCAGUAUUAUCAGUAUAAUAUAAGGAGCUCUUGAAGAGUUGAGAGUAAAAUAUGUCAGCAUCCAGCAAGAGUUCUGUUUGGAGAGCAAGUGUUGAGUAUUCAAAACCCAAGAUUGCUGCGUCAUCCUGCUCAGGUGGCAUAACAGUAUUCAGUUGUGACUCAGGAUGCAGGAAGGAAGGUGUGCCAACCCUAAUUGAGCUGAAACGAUAAAAUUUGAAGAGCUUAUAAUGGCGAAUGCUUUGUUUCCUUUCGGAUCUGGCAAGGACCACAAGAUUUUGGCGGGUGAUGACCUACUAUCUGAUCCUUUGUAUCUCUCACAGAGCAUCAGUUACUUCGAGAAGUCUGUGUCAUUUGUUCAGGUGAGUAUCAAUGGCUACAUCGCCAUGGGAAACGAUUUCAGCAGCUACACCCCAGAACCACUGGCUAAAAAUGCGCUCGUAGCUCCCUUCUUCAGUGACGUAGACACCCGAAAAGCUGGUUCGGUUUUCUACAGAGAAGAGAAGGACCCUGUGUGGCUCAAUAAGGCUGAGAAGGAGGUGGUUGAAGCUGGUCGUUCGAAAUAUUUCAAACCGACCAUUUUGGUUAUAGCUACUUGGGAUAGUGUGGGUUAUUACGACUCAAAGUCAGACAAAACGAAUACAUUUCAAGCUGUGGUUGCCUCGAGUGGCAAGGAGACGCAUGUUCUUUUGGGUUACUCUAGUAUUUGUUGGAGCUCUCCUGAUAACUUGAAUGGAAAGAACGGCCUACUGAUGGGAAGUAACACAUCAAAGCUCCCUAUCCUCGGUGUGGGUGAUGGACACGGAUUAGAACAUCGUGUCUGUGGGCAGAAUGAAACAACCAUUUUGAAUUUGCCUACUACGACUGGUAAUUCUGGCAAGAAAGGCCUUUGGGUGUUCACCGUGUCUCAACCCGACAGCAGGGAUGGUGGUGCUCCCGCGGCGGAUGGCAAUGGUAGUGCUGAUCAGGAGAACGUUGGUCCUUCAGAGCCAGAAUAUAACUUUGCGGGAGAUCAUGAUGAUAGUCAGGAUGAUGUUACAACUCAUCCCAAGCAUCCCUUGGCUACACUGUUCAAAAAGAUGUUUAAGAAACAAUUUGGUCCAGAAGGAGGGAGUUGUGAUCUUGGAGAUGUAGGUGUGAUGAUUACAGUUCCAAAAGGUGCCUCUUCGAAGCUAUUUAAAGUGGAGGGACGUAUCGCUUUUGGAGGGCCCUACUUUGUCGGUGAAUUAUACGAGCCUAUCAGUCCUAUCUACCUCAUAGACGAAACUACUAAACCCGAAACAUUUUCCAAAGCGAUUUCAUUUGAUGUUGAACACUCAGCCAAGCUAGAAACAGAAGAGGAUUAUAGAAAUGUGGUGUUUGUUAGCUUUAGUCCACACCUUGGUGAAAACAACACCUAUGCUGGCAGGAUUAUUGAGUCAGACCCUAAUUCUCUUGCCACAUUCCAAAUCAGUGAUCAUGCCGGAAAACUAAAUGUCAAAGAAAUUAAGAGCUUACAUUUCAGGCUUGCAAAGAAAAUAAGAGUCUCAAAAAAUGAAUUUAAACUUCAAAAGGAGCUUCGCUGGGAUCAUGAGGGCAAUCAUGUAUUGGUUGCUGGUAGUUUCAACAAUUGGAAACCUGAACAAAUCUUAGAAAAGCGUGACAACGGCCAAUUCUCAACAUUCGUCGACUUGCCUGUUGGUACCCACGAGUACAAGUUCAUUGUAGAUGGAGAGUGGAAGCAUGAUCCUUUAUUGCCGUCAAUUCCUGAUGGUAAGGAGGGAGUCAACAAUGUGGUGGAGGUGACUGAGGCUAGCUAUAAGAUGCACAACAAUGACCUUACCAUUGCAGAGAUGAAAAGAUUAUUUCGUUUUGGAGCGAGCUUUUACAACACCAAGAUAAAGAAGGGAAUAGAGUUGCUGCCCUUCUCAGUGUUUACAGUCUAUUCAGAGCAUACUAUUCAUCGAACAAAAGCUCAAGACAUGAUCAAAAAUGGGUUGCCAGAUAAAGUCGAGCCAGGGCAGUGGAGCACUAACUCUGAGCUGUUAUUCAAAAAGGAAGAUAACUCCGCUGGCCUCACCUGCAGCGCACUGACAGGCUGGGAGCUGGCACAGAGUCACAUGCCACCAAAGAUAUCCAUAGAUGAGCUGUUGGCAGUGACCAAGAAACUAGACAUAAGAAGAAAAGCUGAUCUAGAAAGCCCAAAUUUCGGAUACCCUACAAUUAAUAACACAUUUCGGAAAGAUGGGAACGCAGAACGAUCUAUGAAGUGCACCUUCUCUGUCUCCGGUUUCAAUAGAAUGAUUGGAACCGAGGUCCUCUUAGAACAGGAGUAUGCUCCUAUGGAUCCGUCAUUCAUCGAACGUCUCAGGACAACCAUGAUGAAGCUGUCCAACAAAGAUCAAGUGUGUAACUUUGGGAUAAGUAUAGGAGUUACACACUACAACAUGAACAAGAUGAAGGAGUUGCAUCCAUUGGCAGGUGAAUCAAAAGAUGCACUGAUUAGCUUGAUCAACAAGCUGCACUCAUUCCUUGAAAAAAAUUCUGUCAAGCUGCUAAUCAACAACGAUACAGUGAACAAAGCACUUAAAGAUAUAGGUCGUGGGGAUUUGGCUAUAUAAAGUGGACAAGUUCUGAACAAGGAUUAAUGAUAGGAACGAAUAGAUCUACAUAGUUAGUAGUAUAAUAAUUAUGAUUAUAGGGAUAUACCAUGUUGUGCAGUAUAAGCUUAUAGUCAGAAGUAUUAUAGAGUGUAUGCUGAUUGAUUCUUUUAA